CAAUUGGUUUGCAAGCAGACGUGUCAUGGACAAUCUAAUAGAAAGUGCAGAUGGCAAAAUGACGUAUCAAGGAAUUGAAUUACAUCACUUCAAUGAUGUUGUUGUGAACAGCUGCAGACAGCAAGCUUUAAGUGAUCUGAGAAGAUUGGAUGAUGAAUUGAAGGAAAGACUUUCAUGGUCAGACACAAAACUUAUGAGGGCUAUUAUGGUUUUCUUGGACACACAAGCCUGGUACUCACACAAAACCGAUGAGUCUUUCUCUCAUCAGCUUACAGAGGCUGUUUCAAUGCUAGUUGAGAAUUUCCGAGCUCCUCUCGAGGCCAAGGCUACUGAUCUAGCAGCAAUUCAGGAAGAAGCCAAGGAGAUGCUUGACUAUGCACAUCAAUAUCUUCGAGUGGACAGAGAUGGGUAUCAACAUGUUUGGUACCGCUUGGCGUUUGGACCUGACUGCACGCAAUUUAGGAAUUUAGUUGCUAUUGCACAGCUCCUUUUCAGCUUACCGUUUAGUACUGCAAAAGUAGAACGCCUUUUCUCCCGCUUAAAAUUUAUUAAAACUGAUCGUAGAACAAGUCUUAGUCAGGAGACGUUAUCUGAUCUGCUAGAGGUCAGUGUUGAGGGAAUUGAACUUGAAAAUUUUGAUUCAAGCGCUGCUGUACAGUUAUGGUGGUCAGACUGUUCAAGAACUCGUCAUGAAAGUCAUCCCAAAAAAAUAAAAAUUGAAUGCAGCAGCGAGACCAUUCAUCAACAAGAAGACACUUCAGCGAUCAAUGAGGCAACUGAAACAAUAUGUGAGGCAGAGCAGUCGGUAUCUCUGGAUGAUUGGGACUCUUGGAUCUUGAAUGAUGAGUGA